GUGCAAAGUCUCGAAGAGAAGUUGGAGGACCUGGAUAGUCUUUCCCUAAACUAUUGGCUCACAAAAUUCGUCCAAGAAGUUGCUAAAACGGCUUGGAAACUAAAAUUUGAUAGCAUUUUGUUUUGAAUAAGGGUAUAGGCAUGAUUUUCAGUGGAACAUGCCUAGCGAGCGUAAAAAUUGCAUUCAGUCUGAGGAUUAAUGAGAGAGGGACAAUUUUAUAUAUUUAGGCAUGACAAAAUUCAAGGGAACAUUGGUACUUAGAAAUUACAUGUCAUAGGCAUGGAAAAAAUGGGUUCAUGCCCUCGCAGCCCAAAAUUGACCCAGCUAAACUUAGGUCCCAGAUCUCUCGCCGGGUUGAUAAUUCAUUCCCAGUUUUUGCUCCUCUGGUUUGGCAUGCCGGGCAUGCCGUUGGUGAAGCCAGUUGGUUUGGCAUGCCCGGCAUGCCAGGCAAGAAAUUGGCAUGCCCAGCGAGACUGAUUUUGAAGUUCGCUUCAGCAUCAUACCCUGAGAAUCACAUAUUAACGCCAAAUAUAUCUUAGGGAGCUUGAAGUUACAGGUUUCAUGCCUGGCAAUAAAUGCAGAUUAUAACAAAAAAGUCAUGUUUGUCACAAUGUGUGUCACGGGAUCGACUGGCAAAACUGAAGACAGAAGUCUGGAUUUAUAAAUAAAAAGCACAACAAAACUUCAUUAUUCAUGCAUAAAAUAGAAUACUUAACUUGCAAUCAAAGAUUAAUCCUUUUAUUUCAAACCGAUACUGACAUUUCUGGGUCCAGAUUUAAAUUUGUUCGCGGAAAAGCGUCUUAAAAAAUAAGAUAACAAAUCCUCUCAGUAUAAACUUAUCCAUGAUUAAGUUUUAUCGCGUCGGAAUGUUUCCCGGUCAACAGCAUUAAAAGACUGGUGAAAAUUAAGCUUACCAGGUCGUUCAAGUCAGUACGAGAGUACGACGUUAAUACUGCAAAGACGUUCUGAUUUGGAGAAUUUGGACUGCCUUCUCAGAGAGAUUUUGCUUAGUUUUUCAGUGCGCUUCUUUGUCGGCUAUGCGAAUCUCGCAAACUGUUUUACUCCCGUCCUUGCUGACGAUAGUCCUUUGAGCAACGUCAUCUGCCUCAUCCGAAGAUACCCCGAGCACGCACGAAAUCGUUCGAAUUUCCGCAGAAGUGUUUUCGGAUGACGAUGAAUCUAGGUUGUUGUAGCGUGGCAGUUGUGGCGUCACGAUGUCGUCAUGUCUCUACGCACUUGUUUGUCUUUUUUUUCUGCGGUGCAUGGUUGAGAUGUUGGUGAAUGCUGGACAAGAAGUGGAUUCUGCGAGAGACUGUAAGUACAAAUUUAGUAUUAAUUUGCUAAAGAAAAAGCCUGAAUAUCGAACAAAUCCCGUGAAUUAGCCUUUUGCAUUCAGUUUAUCUUGCUGUUGAGCAUGCCUAAGAACUCCGGCAUAAGUGGUUGUCAACUCGUUCACUUCGGAUUGUUUCUGUUUGUAUGUCUUGUAAUCUUCUUCUGCUGCUAAGAAGACUAGAGAAAACUUCAAAAAUAUAAAAACCAAACCUAGAAAAAAGUCAGAUCUAAUUUUAUAGCUCGAGUAUAAUUAUUUUUGGCACCUACGGUCAUACUUUUUCACUGUACUGGUAAAGUUACUUAUUUUUGCUGCAUAGUUUGACCGUUGUUUGAAAGACAAUCAAACGGAUAUUACAAUCACUUUUGCAGACAAAAUAAAAUAUCCGUAAAUCAAAUGCCAAAAUCAGAUUUGGAUUUCGCUUUAAAAAAAUGAACAUCCUGCAGGUGUCAAAGCAAAGUUGUAAACAACUGAAUAUAAGCAGUCUGUGAAUGUGCGUUUAGGUCCACAAAACUAAUUUUUCUUUUGGACAUCUCAUCCAAGCAAAGACUUAAGGCUUACAUUGCUUGUCUACGAGUGUACUACAAAAUACUUUGCUACAGUAAGCCUCUGAGAGGCGAUUCUGGUAAAUUUAUAGGACGCUAAAAUGCAAAUAAUUCUAAGCUUAAACAACCUGGCUGGGUCCGACUUUUGAAUUACAAAAUGUUCACGUUUGCCGGCUCUACUUCAAAUGAACAUGGUUUUUGAAAUCAUUUGUACUAUUUUAACCCGAAAAUUAUGAUUGGGUUAUAAAGCUUUUAAAACGGACGAAAACUAAGCUAAUAAACGUGUUCAAUGUAAGAAACUACGAUUUAGUCGCUUUUUCAACUUUGCUUUUUGGGCCGAAAAAUUUACCUUUACGCAAAAACAAAAGCAAACAAUGAGGCGUUUAUUCGACAUAUUUUCUGAGAAUUUUAUCUGAUCAGUUUAAUGUCGCUAGCAUUGUUUUCGUAUAGGAAUUUUCCUAAUUAUAUGAGCUUUUAAUUUAAUAAUUUUGAUACUUUAUAAACUUCUCUUUUGAUAGCUUCACUUUUUUAUACACCGAUUGAGAAACAAAUUCGCUUUCGUUAAAUCCUAUUUUAUGACCUAUUUAUUAGAACUCUAGGUAACAUACGAGAUGAUGUAACCGGACAGGCUUUAACCUUUGGUCCUAAUUUAUUUUUUCUUCGCAACCCCUAAUCAGUUGACGGGCCGAGAGAGAAUAUCGCCAGAAAAAGAUGCGAAAAAGUCGCUGAGUUUCCUUUACAUAUUCCGGCUUUAUAUGGGUCUACACCUUACCUGCGUAAAUAUGAGACUGUUGUUCAAUUAAGUGUCAGUCAAACUCGGUAUAAUCUUGACUUGCAAAUCCAAAUGCAAAGGUUUAUUUCGCAGUAGAAGAGCGUGUAAACAUCAUCGAACAACGCAAUGUAAAUUGGCUAAUGUGAAACCACGUUUCUUUCACUUUAUUUACCAUGCAUUUAUCUCAAUUGCACACUCUUGUGAAAUUAGCCUCAGACAAUUAGUUGCGACCUUUAACAAGACUCAACAAGCCAGUAUGAAAAUAUGUUAAGAGAAGCUGAGCUCUACAUGUUCUAUUUCUUUUUUUCAUAUUGCCCUUGCAUGUGUUAACAUUCCAUUUCUUUUUUGUUACAGGUAACUUCCAGACAUGACGAGGAGAUAAUUACUUUUCUAGAGAGCAAUUCUUUGAUACUGUCAGUUAUAACUGACUUACUUUGAGUUAAAAACAAAGAACACAGACACUGGUAAUGACACAAAAACAUUAAUCCCUGGCAAGCCUACAAAACAAGAAAGAGGAACUCAGACUCCUUAUCAAAAAAUGAAACAAGAUAAAAACAACUUUUCUAACGUAGGGAAAACUGCGUUACAGAGAUUUGUAAUUACAACGUUAUAUUCAAGCACAUUGCAUUGUCAAACAUCAUAAUUUACUGAAUAAUGAACAGUGAUUUUGGGGCUUAGCUCAGUUUGUAAUGAACUUUGAAAGAUAUUCUAUAACCUUGUAUUUUUAAAAGCUUUCAUGGAACAUAGAUGCAUUUUAUUAUACAAUGAAAAUAGUCUCUGUCUCUCUUUUUACUGAUUUCAGUCAAUUCCAUUUUAUUCGCAAUGUGAAAUGGGAAUCCUAUUAAAGACUCAUUAAAAGGGGUGAGGAGUUUUUACAAUCCCCCAACAGGUCAUCUCCACGAUGACGCUGUUUUAUUACUUCGGCAGAAUCCCUCAGGGUUUUACUUUCUUGUGAAAAUUAGAGCUUUUGUUAUUUAAACUUCGCUGGGACAACCAAAUCUAUGAAAAUGAAAGGAAUAGCAAUGACGUCAUCGUGUAACCGUACAUCAAAAGAUAAGCACUGUGAUCUGUUUAUUUUUUUUUUUUUUUAGCCAGGCUUAAAAUAUCUGUAGAUUCAAGGAAUUAUAACCUGUGCGUUGAAACAUACCAGAGACCGAUUUUGGCAUGCCCGGCAUGACCCAGAUUAUGGCACGCCCGGCAUUCCAGAGAAUUUAGCAUGCCGGGCAUGUCAGAAAAUUUGGCAUGCCCGGCAUGCCGGGGAUUUUGCUGGGUAUGAAUUACUUAUUACUAGAACCUAGGCUUCUCGCGGCCUGGGUGAGAAGGUCACAGAACCUCAAAUUAUGCUUACAGGGCAUGCGAAAUUCUGUUGCAUGCCAAUUUCAAUGCAAAACCACUCUGGGGCCACCCCCUCUAUUACCAGUGAGCAAAUCAUUGACGAUAGGCAUGGGAAAAAUCCUUGCAUGCUAACCAACAUUGAAAACGUAGCAGAAAUGUCCUCAAUUGCUGAGUCAUGCCCUAGGGGAGGCUUUAAAAUACAGAAUUUCCUGACAUGGAUGAGGGAAUUUUCCGUAAACAGCAUGUGAUCAUGCCGGCUAGGACGUAUUGCCUCCGUAUUGCCCCUUUUUACAGCUAGCUAGGCUCAUUUUUAGGUUCCAUGGCCUGAAAUGACGAAAAAUUCAUGCCCUAAAUGUAAAAAGUCCAAAAACGUCCUCGAAAUUUUAGUUUCCAAGCCGUUCUAAUAAGAACGGUGGUCGCUAUCCAUCUCGUUCCUUGUAUGGAAUUGUUUGUGGCUUAAAGCGGUAUUUGGAGGACGUUAAUGGAGGGAAUGCAUUGAAUCGUUUAGACAGCAGUGAUAAGAGGUAAGUUUGGAGAAGUUAUACUUUAAUCUAGUGUGCUUUAUGUGAUAUAGAAACUUAGAAUAUUUACGAAAUUUAUGAUUCACUACUUUUCAGGUUUGCUAUUUUUCGUCGACGCUUAGACGCAGAAAUGAAAGACGUAAAUGUAAACAGCAAACAAUACAAGUAA